AUGGAAGUGUGCAAAAGAAAAGUUGAAAAUUAUGGACAAGGAAAAAUCUUAUCGUAUUGUGUCAGUGAUGAUUAUAAUAGGAUUUAUAUAUUAAACAAUGCACAACCACAUGAAGUAUAUGAAAUCAGUUGUGAAGACCGAAUAGAAGAAGGAACAAAAAUCCCCGAGUCUGGAAGGUUUGAUGAGAUUAAAUCUGGAGCGUUUGCAAGUUGUUGUUUAAUAUGUAAAAUCCGAUGUGAGUGUGAAUCAACUAAUCAUCAGUUAUGUUGGUAUGAUAACACAUUAUAUAUACUAUCAAUUGUACAAGGGACAAUCAUUAUUAUUAAUGGACAUAUGUCAUAUAGAAUCAAAGUACCUUCUAUUGAUGGUACAGGAGAAAUAACAAUUAUUAAGAAUGAUGUUUUUAUUCAAGCACAGUCACAUAUACUUGUUAAAACAACCUUAGCUAAUAUUAAAGAAAGUAUCAUUAAUAACAAAGAUUUUGAUUAUACCGAAAUUGAUUUUAAACAUGAUAUUGUUGGACUUCAAUUAAUUCAUUGUAAAAAUGCAUUUAGAAGAGAGGAAGUAUGUAGAAUAUUAGGAAAGCCAUAUUAUGGAGAUAAUGUUAUUGCAGUUUAUGGGAAAUAUUAUCCAAUUGUUUAUAGGUCAUUAGAGAGUUUAAAUAAAAAUGAGUUUAUUUCAGCCCUUCCAGACACACGAAAUAUUGAACAUUUUUGUGCCAAUCCAUUUAAUGAAAAAUAUGUUUUAUUAUCUGAUUCAUAUGGUAGAAUUCUAGUUUUUGACUCUAUCAAUAGAUUUAUUGUAAAAACUAUUCCAGCAAUGAGAGAAGCACGGAUGUGUUGGAUAGAUGAGAAGAAAUUUGUCAUUUAUUCCAAGUUCAGGAAUAUUUUAGAAAUACAUAAUUGUCAAGAACAAAAAAGAAUAUCAUUUAUUGAAUUUAAUGAACAAGACAUAGUCUCUAUUCUUGGUUUUAGAGUCAAUAGGGUUGUUGUCUUUUUAAAUAACAAUGUGUAUAUUCUUUGUUUUUCAUAA